UUUUACGCAGAAAAGCGGCUCCGUAAAAUCUUCCGCAAAAACGUGAAAAAGUUCCGUAAAAUCGAAAACCGCGGGUGCGUGCGACUCUCCCCGGUGGCCAGCCGUUAACCAGAACCGGCAAAGUGGCCCAACGGUGUUCGUAAGCGGUGAGAAAAGGCGCGUGUGCAGCGGGGGCAGAAGAACCGGCCCCAACACCCCACCACGAGAUGGCUUCAGACGAAGAAAUCGACGAGUCAAUCGCCGAGGAGGAAGGUGGUGCGAUGGAUGAAACGGCGGACGCUUCACUAGCGGCCGAUGCCGAGGACGCAUCGGACGAGGAAGCAAACGCGAAGAGCAACGCGCAGCAGGACGAGGACGACGAUUACGAACCGGAAGAUAGCCGCAAGAAGAAGAAGGGCAAAAAGCGUAAGGCACGGAGCAGCGACGAGAAACGGGGCCGAAAGAAGAAAAAGCGCAAGAAGAACGACAGCGGGGAUGAGAGUGACCAGAAGCAGAGCGAUGACGGUGGCAGCUCAUCGGCCGCGGCGGCGGCUGCUGCAGCCGCUGCCGCAGCAGCCCAGGCCGAAUCGGACUACGAAUCGCGUCCGAAACGUGGCCGCGAUCGCAAAAAGGGUAGCAGCGGAAGCAGCAGUCGUAGCGAGUCGGACAAGAAGGCCGCGGCGGCAGCGGCUGCGGCUGCCGCAGCUGCUGCAGCAGCAGCCGAAGAGAAGGAGAAGAUGCCCUCGAUCCAAGAAGUCUGCAGUUCGUUCGAUCUGACCGACGUGAAGAUUGAGUACACGGAGGACGAUUUCGAGAGUUUGGUCACGUUCAAGAUGUUCCAGACGCACGUUCGACCGAUACUGCAGAAGGAAAACCCGCGAGUGCCGACCGCCAAGCUGAUGAUGCUGGUUGCGGCCAAGUGGCGCGAGUUCUGCGCCCAGAACCCCAACAUCCCGAGUGAGGAUGCAGCGGGUGCGGGAGAGGACGAGGCACCCGAGACACCGGAGUACGUACCGAAGUCGAGCCGCUCGCGUAGCAAGACCGAGAACAAGCACGACGACAUGGUGUACGAUGAUGAGGAGGAAGAGGAAGAGGAGGAAACACUCGAGCGGGAGCGAUCGCAGCGCAAGAGCAGCAAGAAGGCGAGCAAAAGUGGUGGAAGCAGUAGCGGUGGCAGUAGCACCCGGAAGAGUAGUGGUGGUGGUGGUAGCAGCAGCAGUAGCCGGAAGCAGAAAGUCCCAACGCUGAAGAUCAAGUUCGGAAAGCGCAAGAACGCUAGCUCGGACGAGGAGCAGGACGCGAGCGGUGCUUCGGAGCGUGAUUCGGAUGCCGAGUUCGAGAAGAUGCUACAGCAAUCGGAGGAAAUGCCCGAGAAACCGGAGCGUGGUGAAUCUUCUUCCGGUGCUGGUGGUGCUGGUAGCUCAUCGGCAGGCACUGCCGCCGGUGCCGAGGGUGAACCAUCUUCAGAUCAGCCACCGGUGCGCAAGAAGGCCAAAACCAAGAUCGGCAACAAAUCGAAGAAGAAGAGUAAGGCAAAGAAGAGCAAGUUUUCGGCGGAUGGAGGCGAAGAGGGUGAACACGAGCAUCAGGAUUACUGUGAGGUGUGUCAGCAGGGCGGUGAGAUCAUUCUGUGCGAUACCUGUCCCAAGGCGUACCAUCUGGUGUGUCUGGAUCCGGAGCUUGAGGACACACCGGAGGGUAAGUGGUCUUGCCCGACGUGUGAAGCGGAAGGGCCAGCCGAUGAGGACGAUGAUGAGCAUCAGGAGUUCUGUCGGAUCUGCAAGGACGGUGGGGAGCUGCUGUGCUGCGACAAUUGUCCCUCGGCGUACCAUACGUUCUGUUUGAAUCCACCGCUCGAUGACAUUCCGGAUGGGGAUUGGCGUUGCCCGCGCUGUAGCUGUCCACCGUUGCCGGACAAGGUGCAGAAGAUUCUGACCUGGCGCUGGACCGAUAAACCGAUACCGGGAUCAGCGGAAGAGGCCAAAGGAGGCGCACCACAGCAGCCAACUCGUCGCCGGGAGUACUUUGUGAAGUGGGCCGAGAAGUCGUACUGGCAUUGCGAUUGGAUUACGGAGCUGCAGCUGGACGUGUACCAUCCGCUGAUGUUCCGCUACUAUACGCGAAAGUACGACAUGGAGGAACCGCCGAAGCUAGAGGAGGCUCUCGAUGAACAGGACAACCGGUACAAGCGUAUCCAGCGUAUGAGGGAAGGCGGUGCGGACAUUAACGAGACCGAGCUGGAGGAAAAGUUCUACCGGUACGGUGUGAAGCCCGAGUGGCUGAUGGUGCACCGUGUUAUCAACCAUCGGACGAUGCGCGACGGUCGGACGCUGUAUUUGGUAAAGUGGCGCGAGCUACCGUACGAUGCGGCUACCUGGGAGGACGAUGAGGAUGACAUUCCGGGACUGAAGAUGGCCAUCGAGUACUAUAUGGAUCUGAGGGCCAACUGUUCGCAGGACAUUGGUGGUGGUAGUUCGGGUGGUGGUGGUGGUAGCAGUAGCAGCAAAAAGAGCAAGAAGAAGGGCCGCCGUCGUGUGCGCGAGCUAGAGGAAGAGGAGCGUACGGUGGGGCUGAAGCGCUAUACACCUCCACCGGAGAAACCGACGACGGAUUUGAAGCGUAAGCUCGAAGUGCAGCCACCGUAUCUGGACGAAACUGGCAUGCGACUGCAUCCGUAUCAGCUCGAGGGUAUCAACUGGUUGCGUUACUCGUGGGUCCACGGAACGGAUACGAUCCUUGCCGAUGAGAUGGGUCUGGGUAAGACGAUCCAAACGGCCACCUUCCUGUACUCGCUCUACAAGGAGGGUCACUGUAAGGGUCCGUUCUUGGUUGCGGUACCCCUGUCGACGAUCAUCAACUGGGAGCGUGAGUUUGAAACGUGGGCGCCCGAUUUCUACUGCAUUACGUACGUCGGCGAUAAGGAGUCUCGAUCGGUGAUCCGCGAGAACGAGCUGUCGUUCGAGGAGGGUGCCGUGCGCGGUGGCAAAGCGUCACGUAUCCGCGCCAGUUCGAUCAAGUUCAACGUGCUGCUGACGAGCUACGAGUUAAUUACGAUCGAUGCAGCCUGUCUCGGGUCGAUCGAUUGGUCGGUGCUGGUGGUGGAUGAAGCCCAUCGGCUCAAAUCGAACCAGAGCAAGUUCUUUAAGGUGCUAAAUGGUUAUAACAUCGCGUAUAAGCUGCUGCUGACCGGUACACCGCUACAGAACAACCUCGAGGAGUUGUUUCAUCUGUUGAACUUCCUCAACAAGAACAAGUUCAAUGAGUUGGCCGAGUUCCAGAGUGAGUUUGCAGACAUUUCGAAGGAGGAGCAGGUGAAGCGACUACACGAGAUGCUUGGGCCGCACAUGCUGCGUCGUCUAAAGGCGGACGUACUGAAGAACAUGCCGACCAAGUCGGAGUUUAUCGUGCGCGUGGAGCUGUCGCCGCUGCAGAAGAAGUACUACAAGUACAUCCUGACGCGUAACUACGAGGCACUGAAUCCGAAGGGCGGUGGUGGUGCCUGCUCGCUCAUUAACAUCAUGAUGGAUCUGAAAAAGUGCUGCAACCAUCCGUACCUGUUUGCGGCCGCCGCAGAGGAGGCAACGCUCGGUCCCGGUGGUAACUACGAGCUGCAGUCACUGACGAAGGCCGCCGGCAAGCUGGUGCUGCUGGAGAAGAUGCUGAAGCUGCUGAAAUCGCAAGGUCACCGAGUGUUGAUCUUUUCGCAGAUGACAAAGAUGCUGGACAUUCUGGAGGACUUCCUCGAGGGGCUCGGGUAUAAGUACGAGCGCAUCGACGGUGGCAUCACGGGCAGCAUCCGUCAGGAGGCGAUCGAUCGUUUCAAUGCACCCGGAGCGCCACAGUUUUGCUUCCUCCUGUCGACGCGUGCCGGUGGUCUCGGUAUUAAUCUGGCCACGGCCGACACGGUCAUCAUUUACGAUUCCGAUUGGAAUCCCCACAACGACAUCCAGGCGUUCUCGCGUGCCCAUCGUAUCGGACAGGCGAACAAAGUGAUGAUCUAUCGGUUCGUGACGCGCAAUUCGGUCGAGGAGCGUGUCACGCAGGUGGCCAAGCGUAAGAUGAUGCUGACGCAUCUGGUCGUACGGCCCGGCAUGGGUGGAAAGGGUACAAACUUCACCAAGCAGGAGCUGGACGAUAUUCUGCGCUUCGGAACGGAGGAACUGUUCAAGGAGGAUGGCAAGGAUGAGGAAGCGAUCCAUUACGACGAAAAGGCGGUGGCGGAACUGCUCGAUCGGUCCAACAAAGGUGUCGAGGAGAAGGAGAACUGGGCGAACGAGUAUCUGUCUUCGUUCAAGGUGGCCUCUUACUCGACGAAGGAAGACGUUGAGGAGGAGGCGGAAACGGAGGUCAUCAAGCAGGAGGCCGAGAACUCCGAUCCGGCCUACUGGGUUAAGUUGCUGCGUCACCACUACGAACAGCACCAGGAGGACCUCUCGCGAACGCUCGGCAAGGGCAAGCGUGUGCGGAAGCAGGUCAACUACACGGACGGUGGCGUUAUCCAGACAGAUCCGGUGAAGGAAGAUUCCACCUGGCAGGAGAACGUGUCCGAUUACAACAACUCCGACUACUCGGGCGCUUCGGAUGAGGAUCGUGAUGAGGAUGACGAGGAGAGCGAACUGGGACGGCGCAGUCGUCGGCGUAUCGAACGGAAGGAGGCGGAACGGGACAACCGGCCACUGCCACCGUUGCUGGCACGUGUCGGUGGUAACAUUGAGGUGCUCGGAUUCAAUGCAAGGCAGCGCAAGAGCUUCCUCAAUGCGAUCAUGCGCUACGGCAUGCCACCCCAGGAUGCGUUCCAUUCGCAGUGGUUGGUGCGUGAUUUACGUGGCAAAUCGGAGCGCAUCUUCAAGGCGUAUGUGUCACUCUUCAUGCGUCAUCUGUGUGAACCGGGUGCGGACAAUGCGGAAACGUUUGCGGACGGUGUACCGCGGGAAGGUCUCUCGAGGCAGCACGUGCUCACGCGCAUUGGUGUGAUGUCGCUGAUCCGGAAGAAAGUGCAGGAGUUUGAGCACAUCAACGGAUACUACAGUAUGCCGGAGUUGAUCAAGCGUCCCUGCGAACCGGUGAAAGCCCCGCAGCAAAUGUUGGUAGCCGCUGGUGCAUCCGGACUUCCGGCAAUCGCGGGUACCUCGGGCAUAGCAUCGCAACAGGGCGCUCCCGAAGGAGGUACGGCUUCGACAUCCGCUGCUACCGCUGGUACCAGUGAGACACCGAAAUCGGCUACGACGAGCACGAGUGCUACACCGGCCACUAGUGCCGCUCCAAGUCCGGCGCCAAAUGCUGCCCCUGCCGGGGACAAGGAUGACGAUGCGCAGACUGACAAGGAAGGAAAAGAGGACAAGAAGGUAGCAGCAGCGGAGGAAACAAACAGCACCGGUGGGGAAGAAGGUCCUGCGAAGAAGGAGAGCACGACCGCCACCGGCUCCGAGACGGACAAGAAGCCAACGGAUGCUAAUGAGGAGGGUGCGGAUGGUGAAGGAGAGAAAAAGAAAGAGGAAAGCACCGGUGGCGCUGCUACAAAGGACGAACCGAUGGAAAUCGGUGAUGACGAUGGCGAUAAGCCCAAGCGGCCUGCAGCGGAUGAUGGCGCGGUGAAAAAGGAAGAACCAGGCGCGGCCGAAGGCGAGGAGAAGGUGAAAUCCGAAUCGUCGGAUGCAGCCCCACUCGAGCUGAAGAAGGAAUCGUCUGGUGAUGUGAAGAGUGAGAAGAAUGACGAGGACAAGAAACCAGCAGUGGCCAGCGGCGGUGAGACGAACAGCGCUGGAACUGGUGAGGAUGGUGCUGCUGCAGAGAAGGCAGCACCGAAGAAGGAAGAACCACCGUCCACGGCGGGUGCAGGCGAUGACGACGAUGAUGAUGAUGAUGAGGUGAAGAUCGUCGAGGUUAGCAGUGUGGUUCCGGCUAAGAAAGAAUCUGAUGUGAAACCUACGGUCACGGCAGCACCGCCUGUCCCAACGACAACCACCACUACCACCACGAUCGACGAUGAUGACGAUGACGAUGAUGUGGUGAUCGUGAAGGAUGACGAUGAGGAGAUCGUACGCAAGCCGGAACCGGUCAAGGAGAACCUGGAGGUGCACAAGCGUGCCUUCAUGUUUAACAUUGCGGACGGUGGCUUCACCGAGCUCCAUACGCUGUGGAUCAACGAGGAGAAGGCAGCGGUACCGGGGCGUGAGUACGAAAUCUGGCACCGUCGGCACGACUACUGGCUGUUGGCCGGUAUCGUGACGCAUGGGUACGGUCGGUGGCAGGACAUCCAGAACGACAUCCGGUUUGCGAUCAUCAACGAACCGUUCAAGAUGGAUGUUGGCAAGGGGAACUUCCUGGAGAUUAAGAACAAGUUCCUCGCUCGUCGCUUCAAGCUGCUCGAACAAUCGCUCGUGAUCGAGGAGCAGCUACGCCGAGCGGCACUACUCAAUCUGGCCCAGGAUCCGGCCCAUCCGGCGAUGGCACUGAACGCGCGCUUCGCCGAGGUCGAGUGUUUGGCCGAAUCGCAUCAGCAUCUGAGUAAGGAGUCGCUCGCCGGCAACAAGCCGGCCAAUGCCGUGCUGCACAAGGUGUUGAACCAGCUCGAGGAGCUACUGUCGGAUAUGAAGUCGGAUGUGUCACGGUUACCGGCUACCCUGGCCCGCAUUCCGCCCGUCGCCCAGCGGCUACAGAUGUCGGAGCGUUCGAUCUUGUCCCGAUUGGCAGCAACCGGCAAUACGGUGCAGCAGAACCCACCUCUCUCACAGUUCCCGCAGGGUUACCAGGGCACGACGCUGCCCGGAUUUGCGGCCGCUGCUGCCGCUAACUUUGCCACCUUCCGGCCCACCUUCUCAGUACCCGGACAGCCGGCCAACUUCCCGAGUGGUGGCGGUUCCGGUAGCUCCAGCUCGAGCAAGUAAAGCAAGUCGCGCUGCUCUCGUGUGUCGAAUUUCUCUCGAUCAACUCAAUAAGCCGACGAUGCUUAUCGCUGCUAUCAAUUCCGUUCCGCGGUUCGCGGUAUUGCGUACCGAUAAAUGGGAGAGAUAAUCCUACUCUGCAAAAUGUGGAGGAUGCGGAGGUUAUCAAUGUAAUGUAUCAUUUUCUGUGUCAAGAGGAUGACGUUCUCGUUCUCUUCCACUGGGCGAUUCGAUUUAGAAUUAAAAUAUCUCCUUUUUUUAAUCUAUUCUACUAUAAGAAGUAAACAAAAUGCAAGUAAUACACACAAACAAACAAACACGACACACACUAUUGCACAUACUAACGGGCAGUUUGAAGAUGGCGCGAAUGCAGGAGUCUGUUUAAGGUUUAAGGCACUAGAACUUGGAGUACGGUUUACCAUAAGUUUUCAGUGUGACAGGACUUUACGCGAGAUUGAAAAGCGGGGGAAGAGAUGGUGUGCCCGGAUUACUUCAAGAUCUAUACAGUGUGGAAGAAAACGAUUACGGAUAAGUUGGUUAAGUGAACUAUAUGAAUAGCAGCAUCACCAGCAGCAACAAUAAAAAAAAAGUAGUAAAAACAACAUUCAAAAACAA